CGUGUGACACUGGUAGGUUAGGUAGCGAUUUGUUUGAUUCUGAAUAGUCUCUUCGCAAGGUUGAAAAGUUAGAAAUAGAUCCAAGUGAGAGAACGAAAAGCAGGAUAAAAGGAAGAGAUGGGCAAGUUAGCGCCUCGUUUGGCAAGUAGAAAGAAGGCGAAACGAUGGGCGAAAGGCCAGAGUUCGAGUUCCAACCCGGAGACUACGAAACAUCGCGAGCAAGCGACUGGCAUGUUUUUCAAGAAUUUUUCCGGCACGCCAGGCAUUACGAAGGAGGACCUAUGGAAGCACGACGCUAUCCAGGGUAUUCAGCCGCAAUUCGCCAAGCUCGACAUAGACGAGAAUCAGCUCGAGGAAAGUACCGUAUACGAGACGGCUAAUACGUACGACACGUUCGCCACUAAUUACAGCAAUUGUUCCAACCUUUCGUUUGACAAGUUCCUCAGUCAUUUUCAAUCGAGCUCAAUCGUACACAAGGAGAUGCUGGCAGUGUUGGCAGCCGUCACCGAGGUUAUCAAGCAAAAUGGUGGUAACGAAAGCUCGACAGAGUACUUUGCUGCGUUAAUGAGCACUUUGGAGACAGUGGAGGAUGACACCUCUGUAGCAGCCACGCUGUCUCUACUCGGAAUGUGUCUGAGAACGGUACCCAAAAACGUACUAAGUUUGCAGUUUGGCCCGACGAGUCAGGCUCUCCUUCGGAUUCUACAACGGUAUGUCGAUAGUGAGAACCAUCUUAUUCUGCGACAUUGCAUAGGCUGUCUUUCAGUAUUGUUGAGAGCGCAGGAGGCUGCAGUUUGGGUGAAUUCCUCGACAAUGCAAGUACUGGACGCUAUGUUGUCAUUUAUUACUCACGCCAAGCCGAAGGUACGCAAAUCCGCCCAGCACGGGAUAUGUGCCAUUCUGAAGGACAGCGACAUAAUGAAGAGCGAGAAGCCACCGACUCAUCAUCCGGCUGCAGAAAAAGUCGCAAAGCACUGUCUCAAGCAACUCAACGAUUGCAAGCAAGGAUCGUCGCUAGAGAUAACCACUAUACUGCACAUUCUUACAUUGUUGAAGGAUAUAACGCAUCAGUUACCAGAAUCGCGGGUAAAGACCAUCUGUGAACGUCUGCUGGAGAUCAUGACUUUGAACAAUGUACUAAUAACGUCGUGCUGCUUGCAAACGUUGCAUGGAUUAUUCGUCAUGAGGCCGUCGGAAGCAACGUUACCUUUCUCGCGAAAUGCAAAUAUCAUUAAAGCUCUUUAUGACUAUCAACCGUCUGUGAACGACACACAGCCGACUUUGGCAUGGUUGGCCGUCAUGCAGGAGGCUCAUUGCAACCUGGUGGCACACUUAGCCUUGUCAAGAAUCUCUUCCGACGUCUUUUCGAUAUUCUACUACGUUAUACCGGAAAUGCUCAACAGGUGCAUUGAGCUCUUGCUAUCAAACAAGAUGGAGAUCGUCAAUGGUGCAUCACACACUGUCAAAAUCAUUCUGCAGGAGUGCGUAGCGCCUCUUUGCGAAAAUGAGGAGCGAAUCGGCAAGUACAAACCCAUUAUGAGGCGCGUAGUCGAGAUAAUGCACAAGACUCUGAGCUAUCAGUAUAUCGGAGCCUGGCGACAUGUUCUUCACCUUAUAGCCAUGCUCUUUCAAGUUACCGGCAAGCUGCAGCUCCAUGAACUCGUCAACAUUGUCAAGACCCUGGGAAAUUUGCGAGAUUCCCACGAUUUUGCGCACAACCGUGACGCGGAGUAUGCCAUUGGAGCAGCAAUCCGGGCUAUGGGGCCUCGAGCAGUGUUGAACAUCCUCCCCCUUCGAAUUGACGAAAACACCAUCAAUCUUAAACGGAGUUGGAUGAUUCCGCUAUUGAAAGACUGUAUAACUGGUGGCACCAUCGCCUUCUUCAAGGAUGUCCUGCUGCCACUCGCUCUGCGGUGCGAGGAGAAAGCUAAGGGAUCUCUCACAGAUGGGAAAACGUACGAGUGCUUAGUAACGCAAAUCUGGUCAAUUUUGCCGAGCCUGUGCAAUGACGCCAGUGACGUAAAGGAUAACUUUAAAUUGAUCGCCAAGUUGUUGGGUGCAGCUAUCAGCGACCGGAGGGACCUGAGACCAUUUGCGAUGGCAGCUUUGAGAAAGCUGAUCAGCAAGGCAACCACCGAACGAGACAACACCGAUGAUAUCGCUGAACUUGCUCGCUUCGCCAAGAAUUAUCUGCCGAUUCUCUUCAACCUGUACACGACAAAGCCAAACGGCACGGAUGAGGAGGGAGCGCGUCUCGCCGCGUUCGACACGAUGAAGAUUUACAUGACGAUCGUGAGCAGCGAUUUAGCGAACGAGCUGUUCGAUCGUGCGCAAAGCAAGCUCGAAGAGCCCGGUGCGGAUGACUUCUUCAAAGAGAGCGUUUACGAUCUGAUGAGAGCGUUGAUCGGCUAUACGGAUGUUGACAGAUUGAGCAAGUACUAUGAUAGAUGCGUGCCGGUCCUCAAGGAUGAUACCAAACGGAAAGAGCAGAAGAAAGCUUAUCGUUUCCUUGAGGAGAUAUGCGGUAGCGAAAAAGAGGUUUGCAAACAGUUUCUGCACCAACAGCGACGUCAGAUUCAAAACACGCUGAUAUCGUCGGCAAUCAGCGUGAUAAAGACGAGCAGAGGAGCGCGUCUACGAUGUCUGGCGCAUCUCGUCAGAAUACAUCCGCAGCUCGAAAAGACCAAGUUCCUCGAGGCCAUCGUACCGGAAGCUGUGAUCUGCGUUAAAGAUAUCAACGAGAGGUGUCGCGAGGCGGCGUAUCAGCUGCUCAAUACAAUUGCUGAAAGAUUUCUCAACAAUUCCGAACAUCUCAAAGACUACGUGGAUAUGUUAAUGGUAGGCUUGGGCGGUGAACAAGCGUACGUUAGCGCUAGUCUCCUUGCUCUCGCGUCCAUUACUUAUCAUCAUAAUGGCUCUCUGGGUACGGACAUCGUCAGUGAAAUCUUGGCACACACUUGCACGAUUCUCACGAGUCCCACGAGAGAGAUAGUCGAGUCCGCGUUGUCAUACAUAAAGGUAUACAUCAACGUGAUACCGUCUGUCGUGAUGGCACCAACAUUGUCACGGAUAGUCGACGCCCUGUCGGGAAUGAGUGAAGACUGCAAGCGUCACUUUCGACAAAAAGUACGAGACAUCUUUACCAGAAUGAUAAGGAAGUACGGCAUAGGGCCAAUAUCGAGUAUGGUACCAGCCUCGGACGUCAUCCUGCACAAGAGACUGAAAAAUAUCAACAAGAUAGAGAACGCAAAGAAGAAGAAACGAGAAUUCGAAAGAGCGAGGAAGCUGCAGGAACGGAAUAGCGACGAGGGAUUUGACGCCAAGAGAAGACCUAAAAGCGUAGAGGAGAUAUUAGCUGAUAGCGACGAGGAGUUUGAAGUCACGGAAAACGAACUAGAAAAGAAGAGGAACAAAAAAAGAACGCCGAGAAAGGACGCUUGGAUUCAGGAGAGUGAAGAUAAUAUAGUCGAUCUUGCAGAUCCCGCAGCUGCUAGAAACAUCACAACUACACAACCAGGUGUAUCGAAUCCGAAGAUUCCAGUAAGGAAAACAAAGGAUCGUGGCUUUGCGACUGCACCUGAUGGUCGUCUCAUCAUUAGGGAUGAUAAUGAGAGGGAUAGCGAUACAGAAGAAAGGAAUAAGAAGAAGAGAAAGUCUUCUUUCCUUCAGAGUGAUUCAGAAAACGAUUACGUCGAAGAUGACGUUUCGGUAGUGACCACAAAGACUGCUGGCAAAAAACGUAAAUAUAGCGAGAGUGCGCUGGACGUGAUGAGCUUGAAGAGCCAGUCAACAUCGAAAUAUCGAGCCGGAGGCUCGGGUAUUCAUCGAUUGUUAAAAAUGAGAAAGGUAGACAGUGAACCCGGUUCAGAGUAUCGUGCGACAAAAGCUAGGGGAGAUAUUAAGAAAAAGGGUAAACCAGACCCCUACGCAUAUGUACCCUUGACGAGGUCGAUAUUGAAUAAAAGAAAGAAGAAGAAGAACGCGGGAAAAUUUCAGAGCAUUGUUUCUGGAGCGAGAAAGGGCGCCCGUACAGGUAUGCGGAAUAAACGAAGGAAGCGAUAAACAUGGGUA